CCGAUGCGAAGAACAAGACCUAUCCGACGCAAUCGCGUUUUUCAAGAAAGCGCUGUUCUUCGCCCGGUCGGUCACAGAGAUCAGUUCACAUCAUUGAAUAGCCUUGCAACCGCCUCUCUGCCCACCUUCAGUCACCAAGGCAAUGUCCGAGACUUCCACGACGCAAGCGUACUAAAUCAGGAAGCGCUGGCUUUGUGGCCCAGCCAGAAAAGAAUUACAUAUCUGCUGCCUGAGAGCCCAAGGAACCAGUGAUCGCGCCUAACGUAGACAUAAUUGCGAUGAACGUGUUUCUGAAUGGCACUUAUGGUUAGCCUGUGUGAUAAAAGUACAGUGAUUAUUUGUACAUUGCUAUACAGUUGGUGAUUGAAGCGAUGUCCGGCUAAUUCAUUCGACAUGCU